AUGUUUUCUAGGAGAAAGACAAGAAGUGUUAAUGACACAGCCUAUACUGGUGUUAGUCGAACUGCCCUGAACACUCAUCAACCCAAUUCUGGAGCUUUAGCUGCUGCUUUAACUAUUGGCAAUGCCAUGAAACAACAACAGCAACAACCUUCACAAUCAGCAAAAAAGAACACUUAUAUAACACGCUCCCAGUCAUUUCAAGCUACACCUCCAUCUACAAAUUUAUCUGAAUCUGGUGGAAGUCUUUUGAAAAGAGGGUCAAGGUCAAGCAUGCAAUCUAAAGACAAGGCUGCACUUGCGCAGCCUCGAAGAAGGUUUUCAACGAAUUCACGUAGCUCCUCUGCCUCAGCUGGCAGUUCAUUCAAUUCUCAAACUCAACAAACACAUGUUUAUGAUAUCGAUGAUAGUUUCAACGAUUCGUAUUUGGAUGAAAUCACAGAGGAAACAAACCAGACAUAUUUAACCAACCAAGCUAGGAUGAAUGAUUUAAGAUUACCAAAACACAACGCAGGUGCAACAAAUUCGAAUGUAAUAACAAACACACCUGUAAAAAUGGUUAAGAAAUACAUACCUACACCAACAGGUAUUAAGAUUAUUGAAGUUCCAGAACUGCAGUUUCAGAAAGAAGUUGCUAGAAACAAUUCCAUGAGGUCAAACUCACUUUUAUCUCGAUCUGGUUCAUUGAGAAAUGUCUCUUUAACCAAGAAGAGUUACAAUAACAUCCCCAGAGCUACAUCGUUAACAGGUGCUUCAAGACGUACUGGAUCAUCAAGCACUAAGAAUGCAAAUCGUUCGGUAAGCUCACCUUUGAAAUCAAUGCACGAAGAAGUGGUUUUGGAAGAAGCUUUGGGGAAAGGAGAUGAAUUAGAAGAACAACAUUCAAAGUACCAAGCAUUGGAAAAGGAAAUAGAGGAAGAAAAGAGAUUGGCAGCACAAAUCGAAGCAAAACGCAAAGAAUAUGAGAGAUUAAAGCUGGAAAGAUUAAAGAACGAGGAGAGAUUGAAAGAAUUGGAGAAAGAGGUUAGCUUUUCGGAUGAAGUCACCGAGGCCACUAUAUUGCAUACUCCUGAUACUGGCAAUAUUCCUCUCGAUCAGGCAUCUGGUACACAUUUAUCAGAUGCGUUUGUGGACGUUCCACUGAUUGAUGAACAACCAACUGAAACUGUCGAGGAAGAAGAAGUUCCAAUAACAAAAGUCCCACCAGUUGUGGAUGAGUUAGAUGAGAAAAAGUUAAAAGAAGAAAAAGACGAAGUCCCAAUUACAACCGUUCCUCCUGUUGUUGAUGAACUAGAUGAUAAACGUUUGAAAGAAGAGCUGAGUGCUAUCGCUGUAGAUAGUUCAGAUAAUAGUAAACCUUCAGAAACUGAUAACACUGGUGUCACAAUUGAUAAAUCAGAAGGUACGUUGUCAAACGGAAGAAGUCAGUCACUUUCUGAAGCUGCUGAUAAUUUGAAACACCAAAUACUUGGUGCCCAACCCGAAAACUCAGUUUUAGUUUCUGUUUCAACUUCUCAAGUUCAGGAACAGUGUAGUGCUGAUGGAAAAAUUACUAAACCGUUUUUGUCUACUCUUGACGAUGAAAAAUCAACUGACGAUUUUUAUGAAGCUGGUCAUUUAGGUUCAUCUUUUGUUGAAAGGUCGUCCGUAUCUGAUGAUGACAAAGAUUCCAAGACUUUGGAUCCAAAUGUUGCAACAGAGCUUGGUGUGAUCAACCAAUAUCAAAAUCUACAGUCAUCGGAAUUGUUACAACAAGACAAUACUUCUGCUAUUACUAUUGAAGAAAUCGAUGACUCCGAUGAGGAACAAGAGCGAAGCAAAUUAGCUAACCAGUUGCGUCCACAGUUUAACAAUAAACCAGAAAUCAUUGAGCCAGCAGUUGCAGAUGAAGAAGACAUAGAAAAAUUGAAUCCAGAGCACGAGAAUAGCAAAAUAGAAAGUGAAGAUACAUUACUAGCACCAGGUGCUUCAUCAAAUGUUAGUUCUAAAUCUUCACUUUUUUCAAACGAUUCACAAAGGAAACCCAUGAAGUCAGCAUUAAAGAGUGCAUCUUCAUUUACUACGCCAACUCAACAACAGCACCAGCAACAGCAACCAGUGACCAAAGGGAAUGCUGCCCAACAGGCGUACCUUUCUUUGACAACAGCAGAAAAUACUCGUUUGAAUUCAAAGUUGUCUAAUUCAAAUCUUAAUAAUAACCCUGAUUUUGCAUUAGCUAAAGCUGGAAGUGGUAGUGGUGGUGUUGGUAGUGCCAGCAGUGCAUUUGGCAGUGCUUAUCCACUGUUUGGUAACCCAGCAACAGCCAAUAAACCAACCAAACGAUUAUCCCAUCAAACAUUGAGAAAACCUCCACCACAAACUCAAAGAGGUGGUGCCAGACCAUAUUCAAUGCAACACAUCGAAAAACAGUCUGGAAUGAGCAAUCGUUCGUUACGCCCUAAUUCAGCGGUACAACCAAUUCCAUCUCACCCAGCAUUACAACCUGGUUAUCAGUCACCUUCUAAGUUGAAAGCUGAAGCUCUAUAUGCUAAGGCUCAAGCCAGACCACAUUCUGAAUUUAAACCGUCAUUAGCAAAGAAGUCCUCAUUUUCUCGAGAAGUAGAGUCUAAUGGACACAACAACCAUGGUGUCCCUCCUAGAUCCCAAGGAAGAAGAAUUGGUGAUCGACCUGCUAGAACUACAUUGAGAGACCCGGUUGCUCCAACAGCAACACAAAGUCACGGAUCAAAACCAUUCAAUCCGGAAGCUACCGCAGCAUCCAAACCAACCAAGUCUCAACAGCAAAAAUCGCAGUCACAACCACAAUCGCAAUCGCUGAGUGUUCAACAGACUAAACCGGUGCAACAAUAUCAACUGUCAAAAACUUUCAAAUCGAGGUUAGAUGACUCUGAUGAUGAUGAAGGUGGUGAUUCGUUGCCAACUAGAAAUUUUACUUCACGAUUUAAUGAUUCUGAUGAAGAUAUUUGGACUCCUCAAUCGUCUGCUCCUCCUGUUGCCAGUUUAAGAAACGAACCAGAACCAAAGGAUUCAUCUCCUAAAAAGGAAAAGAAGUUUAAAAAAUUGAGAAAAUUAUUUGGAUCUUCGAAGAACUAA